AUGCAUUCUCCAGGCGUGCUAUUUGUCAUAUUCCUCAUAAGUCUUCUUAGCUCGGACUUAAUUAAUGCUCUUCAAAAUGAUCCUACUCACUGUUUGGAAAAGAAAUCAAGUGUGGAUUUGGCUGUUGAGCUGGAUGAAAGGAACUCAAGGCUUUGGGAUCCGCAAAUCAGUAUUUCUGAGCAACCGGACCACUUAAUUUUCAGACACUACCUCUUGCCCAACUUCAAUCUAGACUCUCUCAAAUCUUCGAGACGACGAUUUGAUGAGAACUUCUCUUGGAGUAGUGUUAGUCUUCUUUCCCUAUCUCAAUAUAAUUUAUCUUACAUUCUCUUGGGUGGAUCAUGGUCAAAAAAUGUGGAUACUCCCUAUCCCCGUGAAGAUGGAAUUGUCCUGCUUUGCAAUUUUACUCUCUCCGAAUCUGGUCAAUUAAAAUUCGCAUUCCCAUGUCAUGACUUGUCUGAGGGUUUAGAGCACACCUCAUACCUUGGUGCAACUUCCGCAUCCCUUCAAAUAAAUCCGAGUAUGGGUCUUCUGGCAUAUUGUGAUCCCCUGUGGAGGGAUGAAAGUCAUUUCCCGGCAGGUCGAUGUUAUUUGCAGCUGCUACAUAACAAAAAUGUUCGCCCACGGCAUGAACUCGCUUCCUUUUGCAAAGCAGGUGGAAAGGUGACGGAGCCCUGCAUGACAGGUUUUAGUAUCGACUUAUUGACAAAGGGGAGUGCAAGCGUAAGCUUUGUCGAUUUUCUCAAAAGUAUCCAUGUGGUUGUUGGACAACCUCUUGCAAAAGGCUGUGGACAGGCGGAGAUUCUAGCUGAUCCAUUCUACUUUCCCCGGACAUACACAGCCUAUCGACCCAAAACUCUUCAGAAUACCCUUCCAGAGAGUUAUUUUGGAUAUUCAGUGGCAGGUGAAUAUAUUUCGGCUGUGGGUGAGAGCUUUAAAACGUCUAAUGAAGGUAAUUCUCUAUCGCAGUUGACGCAACUAUUUAAAAUCGCCCACCUUGAUGGUGUACUGACAGCUGGUGGCGUGGAGUUUGAUUGGCAGGGACAAGUUGACAAAGUAGACUCCUUUACUGGUUUUGGCACAUCUAUGGUUAAUGUGAAAAACAUCGGCGGUCAAGACGCGGUUAUAGUGGGGGCUCCAUAUGCUGCGAAAGGCGGUCGAGUUUACCUCUACUGCGUCCCAAAUAAUCUUGCUGUUAAUAAUAAUGAUGAUGAUGAUGAUAGACGAUCUGUGCCAACUCAAAGCUAUAACGAUUUUAUCUCAGCUCAGGAAGAAAAUGAUGCCCUUGGUUAUUCACUCACAGCUUUAGGAGACAUAGAUGGUGAUGGAAGGGAGACAAUUGCUAUUGGUUCGCCAAAUUUGCGAGAUAAAGAGAAGAGUGGACGUGUUUACAUUGUGCGGAUCCUGCCCAAUUGCACGUUUGACAGGCGACCUGUUCAGGUUAUCCAGGGUCCCGAUAAAGCUACCUACUUUGGAUCAGUACUGCCUCGAAUGGGCGUGGAUUUGGAUUUUAACAAUUGGCCAGAUCUUGCCCUUCCUAUCCCAUAUUGCCCAUCCUGCUCACCAAUGAUAUACGCUUCUCGACCUCACUAUCAGGCAGUCUGUAGAUUCUAUCAACCCAAUUGGUUAAAUAGUGUUCGUAUCCGAAGAAACAUACCCAUUCCAAUUAAGUUGAAAAUUCGACUAAUACCUACAAAAAAGGUGGAAGAAAAGAAUAUCUUACAAGUGCUUCAAUCAGCAAACGUGACGAUGAAAGAUCUAGUUCACCAAAUAAUCCCAGAUCUCUGGGCUAAAGAUCCUGCCGAGCAGAGAGUUAGGCUAAGUUCUUUCAAUAACCUAAAAUUGAAUCGAUACAAUAAUGUGCUCUCCUUGAAGUUCGACUUACUGCCUCAAAUGGACGUGGAAGAUAUUCCGAGUCUUGGACAGCCAGAUGGUGAUAUUCGAAUCCAGUAUAGGUUCAACAUUCCUUGUCCAAGCAACGCUAAGCCCAUUGGAAAUACGAACAUUUGUUCAAAUGGCGCUUGGGUAAAUCGACCGCUAAUCGACUGGUCAAAAUGCAGCUUCCAACUUCGACUCACAAAGUUUGUUUGCUUGCCAAAGGGUAGAUGCGAAAGUGACGUGUUCUUGCGAAUUACAGAUGAGAGGUCCGGUAAGAGGGUCGAGUCGGAGUCGACUACACCAACUGAGGAAACGGUAUUGAUUUAUGGCGACAAAGAAAAUGCAUUUAGCCAGCUUUAUUUGGACGUAUUUAACAAAGGUCCCACGUUUGCCGGUGGUGUUUGGAUUAAGAUGGCAUUUUAUGGCAAUCUUCGAUUUUCUGCACUUGAAGUAGAGCGCAGAGAAGGGAAUAAUGGAAGCACACAGUUCAAACCAUUCGCCUGCUCACACCCUCAAAAUAAUGAUUCCUGGGUAGCUUGUAAUUUAGGACGUCUAGAAUUUGACCCAGAUGCAUCAACAAAAUCAGCAAAGCGAAUUAGACUCACAACAUUCUAUGUCACUAAUAGUAAUAUUGAUUAUUCCAUCCCCACUUAUGUUAAUAUUUCCGUCUCCUCACAAACCUACGAUCCUCAGAUGCAUAAAAACUUUGUAAUUUGGAAUUAUCGUCUUCAGCAUGCACCGAAAUACCUUAUCACUCCUGGUACACACGCACCUUCAAGUGUAAUCGAUAAUAGGACAGCACCAGUUAUUAUUGGCCCGAGUUUUCAUCAUCGAAUUCUUGUUGACGAAAUGGGUCCACGAAUCCUGCACACCUUUCGAGUGGAGUAUAUUGGACCUACUACGUACUUGGAGAAUGUGACACUCCGAUUGUAUGUUCCAGUCAAACUGGAGGAUAAACCUAAACCCCUUGUUUACCUUUUCAAUGAAGUAAGAGCACCCCUGGCAAAUGGAAUUGAUAUGGAAUGGGUUUCUCUCCGACCUAAAGUCGAAUUAACAGGUGCCCUUGAUGGCGUUAAUGAGGCAUAUAGAUGCUGGUACGGCGAUGAAUCAUUAGUUAAUCCGAAUGGCUGGAUUGGAAUUGAUCUCAACGAAUUAAAGAGACCGCAUUCUCACAUUCUAGAGCAAGCUGUUAGGCGGUUUCGACGUGAACUCCCAACUUCACCGGGUGCACAAAUCAUCGAUCCUUUGGAAUGGGAUUAUAACGGGAACUAUAGUAACUCAAUCGAUGCAGCAGCUGGACGAUUCAAUGGAAAAUAUAAUUAUCAGAAGGUUUCUUUCCGACGUAUUCCCAAGGAGGNAAAAUGUCUAUGA